UCUCUCUCUCUCUCUCUCUCUCUCUCUCUCUCUCUCAAAUUCUUCUUGCGGCAUAUAUACACAAAUUUUCAGGUUCAGGGAAAGCAAGAAUUGAAGGAUUGAGGCGAGAUGAAUUAAGAAGAAGAUACAAUAAAGGAAAAGAAAAAACAGAAAUGGAUUGUUCAUCAUGUUACCAUAAUUCUCAUAUCUUGUGUGUCGUGCUUGUGUUGUCGUUAAGCGUUGGGAAUAUUGCAGGUUUCAACCUGUCUACCAUAUCCUUCGAUGAGGGUUAUGCCCCUCUCUUCGGCGAUGGAAAUCUUGUUCGUUCUCCAAAUGGCAGAAGCGUCCGUCUACUCCUCGACCGCUUCACCGGUUCGGGUUUUAUUUCGUCAAAAAUGUACAAGUAUGGAUUCUUCAGCGCCAACAUCAAAUUGCCCGCAGAUUAUACCGCCGGGAUAUGUGUUGCCUUCUAUACAUCCAACGCGGAUGUAUUUGAGAAGAGACACGAUGAAUUAGACUUCGAGUUCUUGGGAAACAUAGAGGGGAAGCCAUGGAGGUUCCAGACAAACUUGUAUGGAAAUGGUAGCACUAGCCGUGGCAGAGAAGAGAGAUAUCAAUUAUGGUUCGAUCCCUCCAAGGAGUUCCAUAGGUACAGCAUUCUCUGGACCAAGAAGAAUAUCAUAUUUUACAUUGACAAUGUUCCAGUUCGAGAGGUGGUGCGCAAUGAUGCAAUGGGCAGCGAAUACCCAUCAAAGCCAAUGUCCUUAUACGCCACAAUAUGGGAUGCCUCAAAUUGGGCAACCUCAGGAGGCAAGUACAAGGUUAAUUACAAGUAUUCACCAUUUGUGUCCGAAUAUAAAGAUCUAGUCUUAGAGGGCUGCCCUAUCGACCCCAUCCAGCAAAUUCCCAUGGCCUCCACUUGCUCCGAAAGCAAUGCCCGCCUAGACACAGCGGAUUAUACCAUCAUCACUCGCAAGCAACGUCUCGCUAUGCGUAGGUUUCGCCAACGUUUCAUGUAUUAUUCAUAUUGCUAUGAUACGUUGAGGUAUCCCGUACCACCGCCGGAAUGCGUUAUUGAUCCAGUUGAGAAGGAGCGAUUUAAAGAUACCGGAAGGUUAAAGUUUGGCGGUAGCCAUCAAAGCCAUAAACGUCGAUCAAGGCGGCGGAGCAAAACUCGUGUUGUUUCUAAUAAUGAUGAUCAUAUUAUGUGAUACCAUUUUCAUAUUAUGUUAAUUAUAUAUUUGUUUAUAAAUAUAAUAAUAUGAUUUGGUGAUGUAAUUUAAGAUCAUUUUAAAAUUAUGAUUUAAACUUAUUUUUGAAA